GCCCGCCCUCCCCGCGGCGUCGGGCCGGUGCCCGAAUCCAGGCAGCGGCCGCAGGAGGCGCGGCGGCGGCGGUGGGCGCCGCAGGCGAUGCCCCUGCCCCGCUGCUCCGGCGGGGGGCAGAGCGCGCGGCGGCGGCGGGGAAGGAGGCGGGGGGGCGGCGGCUGCGGCGGAGGGGCCGAGAGCUGGCGGCGGCGGCGGUGGUCGUGAAGGGCAUCGAUGGCGGUGACGGAGAUGAUCUGAAGAUGGAAAGAGCCAGGCGAAGGGGAGGCGGCGGUGGCGGCGGCCGUGGCCGCGGAGGCAAGAAUGUAGGGGGCUCUGGCCUAAGCAAGAGUAGACUCUAUCCCCAGGCCCAGCACUCUCACUACCCCCACUACUCCGCGUCAGCCACCCCUAAUCAGGCUGGAGGCGCAUCCGAAAUCCAGGAGCUGGCCUCCAAACGCGUGGACAUCCAGAAAAAGAGGUUUUACCUAGACGUGAAGCAAAGCUCCCGGGGCCGCUUCCUAAAGAUAGCUGAAGUCUGGAUAGGGAGAGGCCGGCAGGACAAUAUCAGAAAGAGUAAACUGACCCUCUCCCUAUCGGUGGCCGCGGAGCUGAAGGACUGUCUAGGCGAUUUCAUCGAACACUAUGCCCACCUGGGCCUGAAAGGCCACAGGCAAGAGCAUGGCCAGAGCAAGGAGCAAGUCUCCAGGAGGCGGCAGAAGCACUCUGCACCCUCUCCACCAGUGUCGGUGGGGUCCGAAGAGCAUCCUCACAGUGUCCUCAAAACAGACUAUAUAGAGAGGGACAAUAGGAAAUACUACCUAGACCUAAAGGAGAAUCAGCGAGGUCGUUUCCUGAGGAUUAGACAAACCAUGAUGCGGAGCACUGGCAUGAUAGGUUAUUUUGGCCACAGUUUGGGUCAGGAACAGACUAUUGUCCUCCCAGCACAAGGAAUGAUUGAAUUCCGCGAUGCCUUGGUUCAGCUGAUUGAAGACUAUGGUGAAGGAGAUAUAGAAGAACGAAGAUGUGGAGAUGACGAGCCACUUGAACUCCCCGAGGGGACCUCUUUCAGAGUGGACAAUAAAAGGUUCUACUUUGAUGUGGGCUCUAAUAAAUAUGGAAUUUUCCUGAAGGUAAGUGAGGUGAGGCCACCUUACCGUAAUACUAUUACUGUUCCCUUCAAAGCUUGGACAAGGUUUGGGGAGAAUUUUAUCAAGUAUGAAGAAGAGAUGAGGAAAAUUUGCAACAGCCAUAAAGAAAAGAGAAUGGAUGGCAGAAGGGCCAGUGGUGAAGAACAAGAAAGCCUCGACUAGCGUGACAUUGAACUCCAUCAGGCAAAAUUUAAAAAUCACUAAUUGGCUAAAAAAAAGUACUGAUCCGUAAUCAUUUGAAGAAGUUUUUCCUCUUUUUGGGCCCCUUGUUAUUAGUGAUACCUCUAAUAGUUUAUACUUCAAGAAGUCUGAUUCUCAUGUUAUGUUAUCCAUAGCUCACUAUACCCCUCAUGGGAAUUCCAGCAUCCCCAGGGCUAAAUAGUUUAGCUGCUUCAACUGCUGCAGACGAUUGAAGUAUGCAGAUCAGCACAGAGUGAGACAUUCUGACCUUUAAACACCAUAGCUGAGAUUUACAUUGCACUAUGACAUGACCCUGAAAAUAAUGCAUAUACUUAACUAUGAAAAGUGUGAAUUUCUGUUUAACAAAUCCUCGCCCCGAAGGAAGUCCCACUCAUACUUGGUUAGAAGCCGCCAAGUUUACCUGUAGACAGUUACCACAGAAAUAGAAAUUGACCUCAAGUAUAGUAUAUGUCUAGCAAAGUAGGGAUAUGUUCAUUGGGUAACUGGAUAUUAACUAGUACCAGUCUAAAAGAUCAACUCUUACUAGAUAAUUAAACCUUUAAGAUAUUAUAUCAUAUUUCUUAACAGUUACUAUAUAGAGUGUUCAAUAAUUUCAAAUUUUGUGGUAACCCUACAGUUUUAGUUGCCGUAUCAAAGCCAUGGAAAGGUUUUAAUGGAUUAUUCCAAGCUAGUUACAAUCUCAUUUGUUUCCUAUACUACGUAUUUUAUUGGCUUUCCAAAGUUUUGGGAAUUACAUUUAUGUCGCUGUGGAGAGGGAGGCUUUACCCAGUGGCUUUGUAUGGAAAUUUUGAUGUUUUAGCCUUUCAUGGUAAUUUGCAGUCGUUUUUCCUUAAACUCUGUCAUGGACUUUCAAAGUGUUGUAUUUUAUGCUUCCCUACUCAUGUAUUUCAUAGGGUUGGCGCAGCAGCUGAGUGAUGUAAAGAUACAUCUCCUAAUAUAUUUUAGUAGCACUUUAACAUUUGCUGCACUUAAAGACCGUGUCAAACUCCCAGUAUAAACCUGGUAUUGAUACAGAUACUUUAACUCCAGAAGAAAAACCCUUUUUUGCUGAGAAGAAAAAAAAAACAAAAAGCAAAAAAGCAUUUAGAAUACAAAAUUACAGUCUGGGAAAUAUAAUAUUUGGAAAUAAGAUUGAUUCUAAACAUCUCAAAGGAAAAUUCAGGCAAUUUCCAAGGUGCUCCUUACUUAGGAUUCCUAAAGAGGUUUAUUCUAUACAAGACGUAUCCAUUUGUCUGUAUUAAAAAUCACUUUCUAGAAAGUGCCACCUGAAUUUUUAAACACUCAAGCAAUUUUUAAACAAAUGGGUAUAGAAUAUACAUGUAUCAACACCCCUUAUUAUCUGACUGAAAUUUCAUCUGUCGAGAUACAUUUGAUUCUGAAACUGUGUUUUGUUCUGGGAUUGGUUACUGCCCCACCGUAAGUCCCUAUAAUCAUUUUUCAGCGACGACACUCAUUUCAGCUCCCCAAAUACAGUUCUCAUUGAUGAGAGCUGGCUGCAAGGAUUGAAGUCAGAAUGUGGCUUUUCUGUGCUCUAAGGAAUUCAGAAUUGAUUUUUAACAAUUUUCCCUCCAGAACUUUUUCCCAAACAUGUUAUACUUGGGUCACUAAGGAAACUAUGAAAUGAAUUAAGAAAAUUGAUUUCAUUGGUUUACAUUACUGAAGAACAAGCAGCUAGUAACCCAGACAGACACACAUAGUGGUGUUGGUUGCAGGUAAUAUUUGACAUUUUUUGAAGUACUGUGAUGGAAUCUCACUCAGUUUAUUAUCAUCCUGACCAUCUGGAUCACUUUGGAACACCUGAAGGUUAGAAGAUAAUGUUAGUUCUAAAGUUAAUAGCACAUGGUGGGUGUUGCAGCUAUAAAAGUAGCAAGGAUUCUUAAACAGUCCUAACUGUAAAAUAACGUAUUCUGUAGGCUUGCUAAAAGUAGCUUGGGGUAUAUGAAGGAGUGGUGUGCACUUGAAUUACUGUACUACUGAUUGUUGUUGCUGCCCAUCAUAGUGCCUAUUAAUAGUAAUCAACCUGUCAGAUUUCGGCAAACUGGAGCUGUGAAGAUUCCAUUAUUCAAUUGUUCUAUCACUAUUGCUGUGAGUGGAUACACUCAUAAAAUCUUAUCUUCCUUUUUAAAAUAUCUAUCCAUUAGGACCAACUGAUUUCUUUUUGAUUUUUAGUCUGAUAAGGUUUGAGUGUGUAUAUACCUACAUGUAUGCAUACACACAGUACUAUGUCAGACAUGAAGAUAAAUAUAUUUAAUUCACUGUAUAUACAUAUUAUUAGCUUCAUUUCACAUUAAUUAUUUAAGUAAAGAACUAGUUAAAUAGCCAGAUUUUCUAUGUUGUAUGUAUACUUCAAAGUCCUCGCCAUCUCAAAGCUACUCAAAUUGGGUAGAUACAUAUAUACUGGCAAUUGAACACACUUUAGAAUCACUAAGACUUUUACCAAUCCUUUGUUUGCCUUUAUGUAGUUAUUAUAUUCAUUGAAAAAUGGUAUGAUGAUGUGAUUUUUUUUGAUACUUAAAAUUCCCAAGAGUUCAUUAGCCAUAAUUAAGUGUGAUCCAGUUCAAACAUCUGGAUUUAGGAUGUGUAUUGCCAUGUAUCGUAUAAGCUACUACUAUUUUUAUCUGUGCAAUAUAAAUUUUAUUUAUUGUCAUUUGUAACGUAAAUGGAGCUGCAAAUGUACAUGGUUAUUCUUCAAAAUAACAGGAUCCUUGCCUUGAAGGCAUUAAACUCUUAAGGAAACUGGAUGUUCGAAGUAAAAAAAAGAGCAUUGAAGUUAGUAGCCAAAAUUAGUAGUUCACUGUAUAAUGCUAAAACCUUGAUGAUGUUUGCACAUAGUAAUCGAGCAUAAUGUGGACAGACUCAAACUGUCAUGAUAUAAGCUAAUAGUAUAAAAUCUGGAAACGGGUUCCUCAGUAGUUGGCAGCGUGCUCCUAGCAAUUGAAAGCAGCACGAGCGUGCCGCUUAUAUGCAAAAGAUGCAAUGUAUUAUAAAGAUACUCAAGUUCUGCCACAUUGUAUUAUUUUCCUUCUUAAAGCCCCAAACUGCCAUGUCCCUUAAACUUGAGUCAAACACAGGCUUAUUUGCACUAAAGAGCAUGGCCAAAAAAAAUAAGUAAAUAAGUGACAGGGUGGAAAAGCUAUUUAGAGCCUCUUGAAAUAAUUGGCUCUGAUGGGAGAAUUUCACAUUUGUCUAUUUGAAAGCUAUAUGGUCCAGGCAGACAAUCUGUCAGUUCACUAAUUUAAUAAUGCACUUUACCUUUUGUAUAUAGAAGAUGUACAUUUACGCCACUUGGCAGGCCGGACGUGUUUCAGUAACUACGUAGUUAGAAUCUGUAGGGUGAUCUCUUGCAUGCAUAUGUUUGUGUAAGAACUAUUGUAACAGGUUCCCAUGAAGUCGGUGUGAUGGAGAAGGGCAGAAGAUGCUUUUAAAACAUAUCUCAUUUAACAGGAAUUUUAAAGUAGAUUUCAUAUUUGUAUUAAGGACUAGAAUAAUAUCAAACUAUUCCGAAUCCAGAUUAGUGUUGCAGUUCAGACUAUAUCUGCUUGAGGCUUCCCGUAAUAGUCUAAAAAUGAAAUUGGGGAAUCUGGUGAGAUAACUUUUUUAAUGAUUCUGUUUCAUUGUUAAAAUGUGUUUUAAGUUACUAAUAAAAAGACAGUACAUGUGACAGCAUUAGAAUUGAAAGUACCACCGUACUUUAAGAUCACCAGACUAAAGAAAUAAAGUUUCAAGUAAGGAAUAUAAAGAGCUUUAUAAGUUGCUAAAUAAAUAGGAUAUUUUAAAAUCUGCGAAAGUAUUAACCUUCACCAACUUAAAAGGGAACUGGGGGAUUUGGUGUAUCCUUCUACCCUGAACACAGUUGAAGAUGUAUAUUUGAAAACUAGAUAAUUGUUGCUUAAUAAUAGGUUGUAUGUGCUUUACUGAGAAACACUGUGUACUAACAAUUCAUCAAGAGUGUGCUAUAUUUAUUGCAUUCAUUUUAUAUCUAUAGAUAAGAAACAUUAUAUAUAGUCAUCUUAUCUUAAUAUAAUCAUGUAUUUAUAUUGUAAUUUUGCAAAUAUUUUCAGUAAAAUAAACAUUUAUCUGAGCUGCACAAUUUGAAGAGGAUGGAUUGGGCUAUACUCUCAGAUAGUCAUUUUUAAUCAGCAGCAACCAUUGAAAACUGAUGUAUUUAUUGUCAUUCCUUUACAUUUGUUUUAUAGAUUAUUUAAUAUUUAAAAGAACGAGGCUUCAUUUGAAUUUUAAUUGGUUUUCUGAAAAAUGAGAUUUUUUUUAUGUAAGUUUUUUUCUUGCUUCCUUCCAAGUGUCUUUUACUGAAACCAUAAAAUCCUCUUCCAAACUUUAGGUAAGGGCUUUGGUGAGUUGCCACCUAGUCUGAAAUCUGUCUUUACCCAAACAUCAAACAUCUUUGGCAAGGUGUUUUGUCAAAAGAAGAUAAGAUUAAUUCUGUGCCUCCAGAAUGGUACAGAUAAAAAAUUUUGUCAUUGCGAGAUAAGAUUUAUUGAAAUCUUUCUGAUGUUUCCUUAGCAAUGUCUUGGCUUCUUGGAGAAAUUGUGGCUAAUGGCUAGCUCAUCAAAGGAAGUGAAUACAGAAUUAGCAUACUGUUGAGACAGUAUGUAGUCUACAGUAUUGUCGCCCUGGAGUACAGGAAAAAUGUGUUUCCCAAUUCAGUCUUGUAUGAAAAUUGGGUUUUAAAUCACAGUAAGUCUGCCAUAAAGGAAAUAUGGUCAAAUAUGCAUAGGUAGAUCUUACAGAAAAUUUUUACUAUUCUCUCGUAUAAUGGAAAAAGUCAGUCUUUGUUCCUAAUCUGUUCAGACAUUUUCAGUCAUUUAAAUUUAUUUUACUAAUAAGUUUUAACAUUUUUAAUGGGGAAAAAUAUUCAUAUAGUACCAGGUUUAUGGGACUGAGGAUGUAGUUUAGUUGAUGCAAUGUUUGCCUAGAAUGAAAAAAGCCCUGGGUUUGAUUGCAACACCACAGGUCACACAGCAACACUGGGGAGAAGAGGCAGGAGGAACAAAGUUCAAGGUCAUCCUCGACUGCUUAGCAACUCUGAGGAUAGCCUGAGCUACAUGAAACUCUGUCUCCAAAAUAAUAAUAAUAAGUACAGCAAAAAGUAGCAACUAGUGUUAUCAAUUUCUUGAGUUUCAUUUUAGAGUCAUGUGCAAACAUGUGUGUGCAUAUGUUCUUUUUAAAUGCUUAAACAUAUUCACCUUCCAAUACAUGACUAUCAACUUUAGGUCUGGCAUUUAAGGAAUUUUUUUCCUUUUUACUAAAUGUCAUGUUUUAUUUGGUUAGCACAUCAUUUAGUUUUUAUGUCAUACAGAAAAGACAUCAAGAAAAUAGUAUGUAAAUCCAUUGCUAUUGACUUAGAUUACAAAUGUCUGUGUUUAUUUUCAGUGUACAAAUAUGCAGUUUCACAUCCUAGUCCUUUCCCAUACCUAACCACCUCACCUUCCAUAUCACCCUAUUUUCCUCUCUCAAAAACUAUUGCUGUUUUCUCCCGAAGUAACACAUUAGUUCUUGGGGAUCAGGAUAUUAAAUAAUAUAGCCAAGUGGUGCGUGAGGUUAACUGUGUUCUCUAAUGAAAAGCACUGAUAUUUAAAAGCUUUAACAAAUGAUAGCUUUUGGUUUUUACUAACUGUGCUACUGUUUUUCAUCCAAAGACCUUGUCAUUAUGAGUACAUGAGCUUUAGAACUGCCGUGAAAGAUUUUAUGUCAUGGCUUUGUUGAAACUCCUUGCGUUAUUAACAUGAAAUAUUUAUUUGUAUAAGAAAGGUAUAAAGUUGAUUUAACAGCUCUUCAAAUCCAAGAUUCCACAAAGAAACAGCACUGUUGCUAAUCAUUUAAAGCACUAAUUCUUCUGUUUGUUUGUUUCUUGAAUUUGUUUUGGGGUGUGUGUGUGUGUGUGUGUGUGUGUGUGUGUGUGUGAUGGGUCUGGGGAACUGAGGGCCAAGCCAGUGCUGAGCAAGCACUUAGCCACUGAGCCACAUUCCCAACCCUGAGAAAGUUGGGCCUUUUUUUUUUCACCUUGUUUUUUAAUGCCCUAGAGUCUGUCAGAAAUCCUGGGACUAUGAUGAUUUGGGGGUAACUCAGGAAGAGGCCAUGAGUACAGCUAAGUCACCUGCUGGACGAAUGUGGCAGAGCAGAUGGAACUGUUGGAAAGGAAGGUUAGACCAAAGGGAACAAGUGGCGAGUGUUAGACUACUCCAGUAGCUCUCCCACGGUCCUGGGGGGAUGGGGACGGAACUCGUGUUCAUCAGGUGUGCGUUAUCAGACCCCUUCUCUUUUCUGUUGACUACCCAGAAAAGGAAAGAAAAAACCUGAAACAUUAAAUAUUUUGCCCUUGCAUCCCUCAGUUUUAUAAGAGAAAGCAACCAGGGUAAAAGAUCUAACAGAAUUAGAAAUACAUCCUAAACAUGGAUUGAGGGAUUCUUUUUUAAUUAUUUUUAUUUUGUGUGCAUUGAUGUUUUUAUCAGCAUGUAUGUCUGUGUGAGGGUGUCAGAUCCCCUGGAACUGGAGUUGCAGACAAUUGUGAGCUGCCAUGUGGGUACUGAGAAUUGAACCUGGUCCUCUGGAAGAGCAGUCAGUGCUCUUAACCACUGAGCUAUCGUUCAGCCCCGGAGGGAUUCUUUUAAUAGGUUGGUAUUGGCAAACUUUCUGAGAACAAAAUAUGAAAACUGUGGAAAGGCACGGUUUAAACUUUAUAGUAGUAUCUGUGCGGUUGGCAUAAUUUGCUGUUCAGGAGAAAGAUAGUGUCAGUAGGCAUGAUCUUUUAAACAUUUUAAAAUCAUGAGAGAAUUGCAUCGUAUUUAAUGACUAACUCACCAUCCUUUGUUGGAUCUGUAAAGUUGGCCAAGAUCUUCAUAAAUUGUUUAAACUUAAACGGUGUGUUCACAUUUCUCUGUAUUUAUAGAGAAUAGACCCAAAAAAGGCAAAUUCAUCUUUAAAAAUUGUGUUUAAAUUUAAUGCAAAAUUAUUAGUAAUUUUUGAUUUCUAGUUAGAGUUCCCUUGAAGUUCUUGAUAAAUCAUCCUUUCUAAAUUUUAUCUUGUUCAUGUUUCCUUUGUGAAAAUUGUUUGUUUUUGUUGGAUACAGCGACAGCCACCAACACGCUGACUGCAGUAGUCACUGCGGCAGGGAAGGUGCUUCCUUAUACGAGCAUGAUGAAAAUAGCUUGUUCAAAUAAAAGUGUCUCUUAAGAUUGAC